CGAUUGUGUACACCCGCAACCGCAACCUUGCGAAACGCGAGCCAGACGUCGCACACGACCUUGGACACAGACAUUCUCAGUGACUAUUAUACAUCGCCACAAUGUCGCUUUGCCAGAACAGACUUCAGGAGGAGCGCAAGCAGUGGCGCAAGGACCACCCUUUCGGUUUCUUCGCGAAGCCUCAGCGCAAUGCCGCAAGUGGAACACUCGAUCUGAAGGUUUGGGAGUGCGGUAUUCCUGGCAAGGAGAAGACAAUCUGGGAGGGCGGCCUGUUCAAGUUGACAAUCACAUUCCCCGAAGAGUACCCGACGAAGCCACCCAAGUGUAAAUUUGUCCCUCCGCUGUUCCAUCCUAACGUCUACCCCUCCGGCACCGUUUGCCUGUCGAUCUUGAAUGAGGAAGAGGCGUGGAAGCCCGCAAUUACGGUGAAGCAGAUCCUGCUCGGUAUCCAGAAUCUGCUCGACGACCCCAACCCCGAGUCUCCCGCUCAGGCUGAAGCCUACAGUCUCUUCAAGAAGGACAAGACGGAAUACGAGAAGCGCAUCAAGCGCGUCGUGAGAGAGAACCCGGCGCCUUAGAUGCAACGGCAACUAUGUGUGAAUAGAUUUACGAGAUCACAGCGUCAUGCGCAUAGGCAGGACUUCGGAGUUACGGGAAUACCAUACGGUCUGCUUCUCUGCUUUCGAUCUGUUCGAUGGCAAUG